GUGGACAUUACAUACGUCGAGAAGGUGAUCGUUGACUGGUGCCAAACAGGUACCUACGAAACACUCGAGUUGGGGAGCUCGUCCGCGUGUGAUGCAGAAAUUCUGGGAGCUUCCGCAAAACCCAGAAACCCGUGGACGUCAGUGAAGGUGUGACGACUGUGCCUUCCCUUGUGAAACUCAUGUUUGGAGCCCUGUCACAUGCUUGCUCGCCAACCAGGCAGAUCCACUCCAAUUGCAGUCACAAGUGCUGUUCUGAACAACAUCCUGGACUUGCCUUCGAAGAAAUUUACCAUACGUGCCAGAUGGGUUUCACAAUUCAAGUCGAUUACCCAAGUGAUUUUCAACCAUUCAUCCUUGCACACCUGAGCAGUUUCGGCUCUAUCCCAGAUCCAUCUCCACCUUGACUGGUGCUGUCACAAAAGUUAACACAUCAUUAACAUCACUCAACUCGUGGCACUCCACCAUGCCUUCUAAAAAAUUCGCUCGGCAGCCAUUCAAGCUCGAUGGCAACAGACGGUUCCUCCGAGGAUCUAUGCCAUCACAAGCUAAAUGCAGUCUUUGUCAUAUCAUCAAACCAACAUCGCCAAAUCACUUUUCGGACCAAUAUAUCGAAUUCAUCGACCAAGGACGGUCAGAUGUCCGUUGCAAAGCUUGCACUUCCGGUGCCCUUCGGAUCGACCUCGAAUGCAACGACUGCCACGAAAUCAAGCCGAUCACUGCGUUCUCGGUCACGCAACGCAAAAGAGGUGACGAUGCGGAGUGUUUGCUGUGCCGCAAUCCAUCGGCGCAGUCUUCUCACAACAUCGAAUAUGACUCCGAUAAAUCCAAAGUCAGCAGCAAACCUCGCAUGAUCGACGUCACAUCGAACAGAAGCAUGUCUACAAAAGCGAGCACCUACGCUGCACCCUCAGCGGGUACCUCCGUGAUCGGAUCAGACUAUACUAGUCGCGAUGGCGGUGUGCGAGUGAAUCCUGUGGGCAGCAGCGCUCCGAGUUCCAGCGCACAGUCAAAGUCACAGUACUUGAAAAACUACGACUCUGAUGAGGAGGAUGACGUUGUUGCCGAAGGAUACGAGGAUUGGAAAUGAUGAACAAAUGGCCGCGAGGCGUGGGUCGUUAAGUACAACAUCAUGAGAAAGAAAAGAAAUUGAAGUGAAGUGGGACAAACGCCGCCUCCCAAGGAAAAAAGUACAAGUAAUGUGAACAUCCAACAGUCUGAUUGUCACCCCAGAAGAAAGAAAAGAAAAGUGAAUAUCGUCGGUCAAUCUUGU